ACAGUAACGUCUACUGGAACUAGUAACCAAUACUCAGAAACAGAAGAUUAGGGUUUUGAUUCAAACCAUAAAACCCUCUCUCUCUCUCUCUCUCUCUCUCUCUCUCUACGAUUCUCACAAUGGAGACUGCCUUCGCGAGUGCCUCCGCGAUAACCGACCAGCGGCAAAAGAUCGAACAGUACAAGCUCAUCCUCUCCACCGUCAUCGCCUCCAACGACGUCACACAAGCCAAGAAAUUCAUCGACCACAUAUUAUCCGAUGACGUUCCAUUGGUGGUAUCGCGACAGCUCUUACAGACGUUCGCUCAGGAACUCGGGAGGCUCGAGCCGGAAUCGCAGAAGGAAAUCGGGCAUUACAUUCUUAACCAGAUUCAGCCUAGGGUUGUCUCGUUUGAAGAACAGGUAUUGAUUAUCAGGGAGAAACUUGCUGAUUUGUACGAGGCGGAACAGCAGUGGUCAAAAGCAGCUCAAAUACUCAGCGGCAUUGAUUUGGAUUCGGCCAUGAGAGUGAUUGAUGAUGCGUUCAGAUUGUCAAAAUGUGUGAAGAUUGCUAGCCUAUAUCUCGAGGAUGAUGAUGCUAUUAAUGCGGAAGCUUUCAUUAAUAAAGCUUCAUUCUUGGUUAGCAAUAGUCAGAAUGAAGUAUUGAAUUGGACAUACAAGGUCUGUUAUGCAAGGAUUCUUGAUUUAAAGAGGAAGUUCUUGGAAGCUGCACUACGUUACUAUGACAUUUCUCAAAUUCAGAAACGUCAAAUCGGAGAUGAAGUUAUCAAUGAAGAAGCACUGGAGCAAGCCCUAUCUGCUGCCGUCACCUGUACAAUUUUGGCUGCUGCGGGUCCUCAACGUUCUCGUGUUCUUGCGACCUUAUACAAAGAUGAACGGUGCUCCAAGUUGAAGAUUUACCCAAUCUUGCAGAAGGUGUAUUUGGAGAGAAUAUUGAGGAAACCAGAGAUUGAUGCGUUUGCUGAAGAACUAAAAGCACAUCAGAAAGCACUUUUGCCUGAUAAUUUUACUGUUUUGGAUCGUGCUAUGAUUGAGCAUAAUCUCUCGAGUGCAAGCAAACUUUACACAAAUAUAAGCUUUGAUGAGUUAGGCACAUUGCUGGGCAUUGCUCCUCACAAGGCUGAGAAAAUAGCAUCGAGAAUGAUCUAUGAAGAUAGAAUGAGGGGUUCCAUCGAUCAGGUCGAAGCUGUCAUACAUUUUGAGGAUGACACUGAAGAGUUGCAACAGUGGGAUCAACAGAUUGUUGGUCUCUGCCAAGCGCUGAACGACGUACUUGAUAGCAUGGCAAAGAAGGGAUUGUCGAUUCCAGUCUGAUGUUCGGUUCUGUAAUAUGCUCAAAUGACAGUUUAUAUCCAUUAAGGCAGUUGUUUUCUUGGGUCCCUCUUUCCUCUUUCCUAAUCUUCUUUUUGCUGCUGAAUCUCUCUACUCUGGUAGAAGGGAUUUACUUUGAGGUCGUAUUUUUUGGUGGCUGGUUCCUCUAGUUAUAUUGAUUGUCACAUGAAAUACCAUAGCAUCUUUUGGUAACGCGGGUCUUCCCUACCCAGUUUAUGUACAUCUUUCUGCAAAGCAAAAUCCUUAAUCUUGUGCUCUAUAAUUGUGCAGAAAUCAACGAUUCAAUGUCUAAGGAUUUUGACUCCA